AUGUCUAUGGAUUAUCUUACUCCGUCGACUUUACCGCAACCCAAAUUAAAAAGAACAAAUACCGGCUUUACUCCUAACCAAAUCAUUGCCCUAGAUGCUGCAAUUCCCGAGUCGGCAAAACACAUUUGGUUCAAAUACUCGCAAUUGGAUUUGUUGGAAAGAAAGACAAGAGGAGGUGCCAACCGCCUGGAGAAUAUCCACUCAAUUGUCGAUAACCCAAACAAGUUUGAACAAGAGUUUGUUCGGAAUGUCGAAACCGGAUUAGGGAGGUCGAUGUACAAUUGUGACAAUUUGGCUGCUUACCAUGCUGCGUCAAGAACAGUGCGUGAUGCUCUCAUUAUUGAUUGGGCAAAUACCCAACAAAGACAGACUAUCCAGGAUGGUAAAAGAGUUUAUUACUUAUCCUUGGAAUUCCUUAUGGGCAGAGCCAUGGAUAAUGCUUUGAUCAACUUGAAGUGUGAAAAAAACUCAAAGGACUCUUUACACGAGUUGGGAUUCAAUUUGGAAGACGUUUUGGAUCAAGAACCAGAUGCCGCAUUGGGUAAUGGUGGAUUGGGUAGAUUGGCUGCUUGUUUUAUCGACUCUCUCUCAUCAAAGAAUUAUUCCGGUUGGGGUUAUGGAUUAAACUAUCAAUAUGGUAUUUUCAAACAAAGAAUUAUUGAUGGCUACCAAAUCGAAACUCCAGAUUAUUGGUUGAAAUACUCAAACCCUUGGGUCUUGAAUAGACGCGAAAUCCAAAUCCCGGUUGAUUUUUAUGGCUACGUUUAUGAAGAACACGAUCCAAAUACCGGUAAAGUUAAAAAGAAUUGGGCAGGAGGUGAACGAGUUUUGGCAGUUGCAGCUGAUUUCCCAAUCCCUGGCUACAACACAGAUAAUACCAAUAACCUUAGAUUAUGGAAUGCUCAGCCUACACAAGAAUUUGAUUUCACCAAGUUUAAUGCUGGUGAUUAUCAACAAUCUGUUGCAUCACAGCAAAGAGCAGAAUCAAUUACCUCGGUUUUAUAUCCAAAUGAUAACUUUGAAGAAGGUAAAGAAUUGAGAUUGAAGCAACAAUAUUUCUGGGUUGCUGCUUCAUUGCACGAUAUUGUUCGUAGAUUUAAAAAGAACCACAAGACUAACUGGAAUAGGUUCCCUGAUCAAGUAGCUAUUCAGUUGAAUGACACACAUCCAACAUUGGCCAUUGUUGAGUUGCAGAGAAUCUUUGUUGAUUUAGAAGGUUUGGAAUGGGAUCACGCUUGGUCUUUAGUCUCCAAGGUGUUUGCUUAUACUAACCAUACCGUGAUGGUUGAAGCAUUGGAGAAAUGGCCAGUUGACGUUAUGGGUAGAUUGUUACCUAGACAUUUGGAGAUCAUUUACGAUAUCAAUUACUAUUUUUUGAAAGAUGUUGAACACAGAUUCCCCAAGGAGCGUGAAUUAUUAACAAGCGUUAGUAUUAUUGAAGAAAAUCCCAAAUCUGUUAGAAUGGCAUACUUGGCAAUAAUUGGAUCACACAAGGUGAAUGGUGUUGCUGAAUUGCACUCGGAAUUGAUCAAAACCACUAUUUUUAAAGAUUUUGUUAAAGUUUUUGGUCCUGAUAAAUUUACCAAUGUAACUAAUGGUAUCACACCAAGACGUUGGUUGAGACAAGCCAACCCUAAAUUGGCGGCUUUAAUAGCCAAAAAAUUGAAUGAUCCAAAUUAUGACUACUUGACUAACCUUGGUAAAUUGAAAGAGCUUGAAAAGUUUAUUGAUGAUGAACAAUUUUUGAGAGAAUGGGAUGCAAUCAAAUUUGAUAAUAAGAGAAAAUUGGCACUUUUGAUCAAGAGCGAAACUGGCGUUGAUGUUGAUCCAACGGUUUUCUUUGAUGUUCAGGUUAAGAGAAUCCAUGAAUACAAGAGACAGCAGAUGAACAUUUUUGCAGUUAUUUACAGAUACCUCCACAUCAAGCAAUUGCAAGCUGAUGGCGUUUCCCUUGAUGAAAUAAAGCAAAAGUAUUAUAUCCCCAAGGCCUCGAUCUUUGGAGGAAAAGCUGCCCCGGGUUAUUACAUGGCCAAGACUAUAAUCCACUUGAUUUGUAAGGUGGGAGAAGUGAUCAAUAACGAUGACACGAUUGAUAACUUGCUCAAGGUUGUAUUUAUUCCUGAUUAUAAUGUCUCCAAGGCAGAGAUUAUCUGUCCCGGAUCAGAUUUGUCGAAUCAUAUUUCCACUGCAGGAACCGAGGCAUCAGGUACCUCAAAUAUGAAGUUUGCUUUGAAUGGAGGACUCAUUAUAGGAACGGUUGAUGGAGCCAAUGUCGAAAUUACUCGUGAAAUAGGCGAAGAGAACAUUUUCCUUUUUGGUAAUUUAGCGGAAUCGGUUGAAGAAUUGAGACAUAAGCAUUUUGUUGAAGGUGCACAUAUUCCAGAAUCCUUACAAAAAGUAUUUGCUGCAAUUGAGAGUGGUCGAUUUGGUAACCCAGACGAUUUCAAAUCAUUGAUUGAAUCGAUCCGUAACCAUGGGGACUAUUACCUUGUUUCUGAUGAUUUUGAUUUAUUCCUUGCUGCUCAUAAGAAACUCGAAAAGGUAUUUGGUCAUAAUGGCGGUGAUGCAGAUGAUAGUGAACAUUUGAAGAAAUGGGUUAGAAAAAGUGUUUGGAGUGUUGCUAAUAUGGGGUUCUUUUCAAGUGAUCGAUGUAUUGAUGAGUAUGCUGAGAACAUUUGGAAUGUCGAGCCCUCCAAUGUCUAA